UAGGAGGGACUUUAGGCACAAGAAGGAUUGGGAGUGGUGUGAGGGAGGGGGGACGGUGUUUCAUUUGACGGGGACAGAGUUGUGUCUUAUGACAGAUUAUGUCCUAAAAUGGACACCGUACAAGUGAAAGCUGCCGCCCCGUAUGGGUGUAUAUGUUCCCCCCCUGUCAUAUGAAACUACAUUUCCCAACAUGCACUCUGUUAGGUCGUGUUGCCAGGAAGCAGCUAGAGCCGGAAAUUGAAAACUAUGGAAGGAUCACACUCCAGUCACAGAAGAAAAGGAAGAAGGAACCAGGACCCUGAUGUGCAGUUAUCAAAGCUUUUAUCUUAUGCCCUGCGCCAUGGAGCCAAUGAACUUGGUUUACCCAUGGGGCCAGAUGGCUUUGUUCCUGUUUCCUUCCUGCUCUCCCUGCAUCAGUUUCGCUCCUUUUCUCAGAGUGACAUUGAACGUGUAGUCAGCUGUAAUGAUAAGCAGCGGUUUACCAUAAGAACCUCUGAACACGAGGGAAUACUGGAAAUCCGAGCAAACCAAGGACAUUCAAUAAAGGUGGAAGUUGAACUCACGCCGUUAGGAGCAGAUCUUCCUCCACAAGCCAUACACGGGACAUAUCUCCAUCACUGGCCUUCAAUUCUCCGCUGUGGCCUUUCUCGUAUGAAGAGAACACAUAUCCACCUUUCUACUCAGCUUCCAGGAGAAGGAGAGGGUGUGAUCAGUGGCAUGCGUAGGGACUGUGAAGUAGCAAUAUUUAUAGACCUUCCAAAAGCCAUAUCAGAUCAAAUCCCAUUCUUCUGGUCUGCUAACCAUGUCCUCCUCACACCUGGGAAUGCAGAUGGUGUCCUCCUACCUAAAUAUUUUCUAAAGGUUCUACAGCUCAGACCUCACAGAAAACUGCUUGACCAUGAAUGACAGACCCAAAAAAGUUUUUAACAGUUUGUAAGAUGUGGAUUUUGUCAUUUUAUCAUGAUCUCUAUGAGAUCUGUAGAACCACGGAUAUUGUGUGAAACAGCUGUAAUCUGAUUGCAGUAAAGAGAAGCACUGAGCAAAGCAGCCGCGGACAUUUGCAUGAGAGCUCUUUACUGAAGAAAUCAUUUUUUUCUUCUACUUUCGUUUGAAAUAAAGAAUUGGAAGAAUGUAGUGAGUU